AUGUCUCCCAUUCCUGCUAUUUUCUCUUUCACCGAGAUGGCUGAUGUGACUGCGCUGAUCUGUCCCAUCUUUGACUUCUUUGCUGAAGAUCUAGAUUGGGUGUCAACUGGGUCCGUCACGGCCUUCAGCACGUCUGCAGUAAGCUCGAUUUUCACAGCACCGCUGAUUUGCUCGACUUCGGUCUCUCCAUACUUCUUAGCCCGCCGCACGAAUUGCAUGCACGCUGCGACUCUUCCAAGCAGAUGUCUUAUAAAGACAUUCCAAUAUACUUCAAAUGGACGCUUCGUCCAUCUGGCUGAUGCGGACAUCCCACCUUAUCUGAAUCUAUGA